UACAUACAAUUCAAAAUAAAUAAUAAAACAAAUCCCACUGCUUUGACCGUCUAGUCGACCCAACGAUAUUUUAGUCAAAAACAAAAAUAAAAGGCGGCUUCGUUUCGUUAUCAUUUCACUUUUGUGUGCAAAAUGAAUUGAAUUUUGCAAAAUACUUUGUUUGGAAAAAGUUAACUCACUUUCAAGUUCAAAAAUGUACCUAUUUACAGUUAUAUAAUUAUCACCUUACUUAAGUUAAGAAUUCUAAUUAUUUUGAUCAUAUUUUAUUCGCUUAUUACAACGUUCUGUUAAGUGUCAAAAAAUAUACACACCUUCAUCAUGGCAUUAAUAAAUAUGCAAAGACAACUUUUAAAACAUUUAUUUACUUAGUAUUCUAUGCGCAAACAUCUCCAUUUUCCAUAGAUUUAAAUAUGUAAAGUACAAAUCAACAACCAUCUACGUCUUCUACAUUCUUUUGCGAAAAAAAUGUAUUUUUUAUCAUGUGAAUAAAUUAUUGAAAACCUUGGUGUUUGUGCAAUUCUUGUUCUGUUAAAUUUUAAACAAUUCAAGAAGAACGAAAAGAAGUUUAACUUUUUGUAAAGAUUUCAUCUUUUGCCGGAAAGUGGGAAGUUUUGUCCUGAAACUGCCGUUCAAAUAGAAUAAAUGCAUAUCAACUUUUAGAUUAGACGAGGACGUCAGUAUGCGCAAUGCACGAAAAUUUUUGCGCAGGCUCAUCUGGGCAACAUUGUUACUCUUUUUUGGAGUAUCUGCAUUAGGAUUAUUUUUCAAUGGACCCAGAGAAUAUGGGGAUAACAAAUUUAAACUGCAAAAAAUGGAAGAGUCAAUUAAAUCGCCAAUGAAUCAAGGCGAAUGCAAGAUUCCCGAUCUACCAAUAGAUAAUCCAGAGAUAAUGGCAUUUUAUAAAGAGACACAGAAGAUCGACUGUGGAGAUAGCCUUGAUGAUUGGGUAACAUGCGAGAAAUCUAUUUGCUUUGUAAAACCCGAGAUUACAGCGACCAAGGGUGAAGUGAUUUGUUCCUUUACCGAUAUUAUUCGAAAGACUGAUUACAAAGCCAAGUAUGGCAAAGUAACAAAAACUAAAGAACCUUAUGUUCUGCAGCAAUCCGACUUUGUAAAAGUUGUAUGUAGUGCUCAAAAUGGCGAUAGAUGGUACGGUAUGGCAUCUGGCAUCCGUGAUACUGUCCACCGAUCAGUAGAACAAACUGAAUUCCCGCUUUACAAUGUGCUUAUGCUUGGAUUCGAUUCGUUAAGUCGAAAUGCAUUCAUGCGAAAACUACCAAAAACAUAUGAAUUUCUAGUCAAAGAAGGCCAAGCUAUGGUACUGCAGGGUUAUAAUAUUGUUGGUGAUGGAACACCACAGGCUUUAAUACCUAUAUUAACAGGAAGAAUGGAAUUGGAAUUACCAGAGACAAGGAAGCGCAAAAGAAACUCGGUGUCAGUGAAUGCAUAUCCAAUGAUUUGGAAAGAAUUCGAAAGAUAUGGAUAUGUUACUUCUUUUAAUGAAGAUCUCCCUAAAUAUGGUACAUUUACAUAUCGUAUGAAUGGUUUCGAUGAACAACCAACCGAUCAUUAUUUGAGAACGUUCUAUCUGGAAUUAGAGAAUAUUAUGCCUUCAAAUAAGAAAUUUUGCAUUGGAUAUCAACCAGGACAUCUUGUGAUGCUUGAUUACACCAGAAAUUUUAUGGCAAAAUAUUCUGACAAUCCGCGGUUUGUCUUUAGUUUUCACGGAGAGCUCUCUCAUGACUCUAUUAAUAUAAUCGGCAGCGCCGAUGAUGAUCUCGUUGAAUGGCUAACCAACCUCAAAGCUAAAAGGCUAUUAGACGAUACAAUUCUAAUUGUAAUGUCCGAUCAUGGAAACAGAUUUUCUGAUGUUCGUAAUACACUGCAAGGCAAACAGGAAGAACGCCUACCAUUUUUCAGUUUUGCCUUCCCAGAAUCUUUUAAAAACCGGCAUCCACAGGAGUAUCGUAAUUUUCAGGAGAAUGUCAACCGUUUGACGACACCUUUUGACAUACACGAAACACUCCUCGACAUUUUGAAUAUUCAAUCAAGUGAUGACCGUUCAGCUACAGAAUCUUCAAAUUAUGUCCCUAGAGGAAUAUCUCUCUUCAAACCAAUUCCACAAAAUCGUUCAUGUGCAAGUGCCUUUAUCGAACCGCAUUGGUGUGCUUGCCUUGAUUGGCGUCAAAUUAACGAUACAUCAACUCCGCUAAUUAAAAAAAUUGCUCAAAGUAUUCUUACAACAAUCAAUGAUGCUUCCAAUAGCUUUCGAGAAGUUUGUGAGCCAUUUGAAUUAAAAUUAAUCAAUUGGGCAUUGAAAUUAACUCCGCACCGAGAACUUCUUAAAUUUAGAAAGAAUAAAGACAUAGAUGGCUUCCUGCCGGAUCUUUCAUCCGAUAUGGACAUUCAUGAGGAAUUCUAUCAGGUGCAAGUAACGCUUUCUCCUGGUGAUGCACUUUUUGAAGCAAGUGUAAGCUAUAAUCUCAAAGACUUUCAAGCCACGACAAAGCUGUCUCAAGUUUCGCGGGUAAACAAAUAUGGCAGCCAGGCAAAUUGUAUAUAUGACACAAAUCCCGAGCUGAGAAAGUAUUGUUAUUGCAAAUAAAUUAAAUCUGCUAAAACAUCUUUAAUCAGUAUUGAUAUUAAUGCAAGCAAAAGAAAUCUCUUAUACAUAAAUUAGUCAUGAAACUUCAUUUUUAUAAUUUAUUUUUUUCUAUAUAAAAGAUCAUGGCUUUUUGUACAAAAAUAAACUAUGUUUUUUUUAGAUUAAUAAAUUAAUGUAUUUAGGUUUAAAAUCUAAAUAAAUGUUUUUAUUAAUUUAUUUAUUGAA